AUGUCGAAACCAAACCACAAUAAGACAAAUGGGAUUAAGAUAAAGGGUGUGAUUUCCGUAAUGGCAGGAGAAUCCCAAAGCCGCAAAAUAAAGGAGACCACAUGGGCCUCAGCCGCCGCCAACCUGCACGAACCUCCCCGUAUACGAACCAACAGAGAACCCAACCCCGCCCAGUUCACAAGAAGGUGA